AUGCAAUGGUAUGAUUAUAAAUUAUCAUGGGAUCCAAAAAAGUAUAAAAAUUUAUCAAAAAUUCAUAUCCCAUCUGAUCAAUUAUGGAUUCCAGAUAUUUUAUUAUAUAAUAAUGCUGAUGGUGAACCACAUAUCUCAAUUAAUAGUGAUGCAAUUGUAUAUCAUACAGGAUUAGUUGUCUGGAAACCACCAUCAAUUUAUAAAAGUUUUUGUUUUAUAGAUAUUGAAUUUUUUCCUUAUGAUUUACAAGUAUGUCAAAUGAAAUUUGGUGGAUGGUCAUAUAGUGGAUUAUUAAUUAAUGUACGGCCUAUUGUACCAAAACCUGGAGAUAAAAUUGAAAUUCGAACUGAUAUUUAUGGUAAUAAUUAUCAAUAUUUAAAACAAGGAAUGGAUUUAAGUUCAUAUGUCCGAAGUUUAGAGUGGGAUUUAAUGGAAAUAGAGGCAGCAAGACAUGAACAAAUUUAUAGUGGAUGUUGUGGACAAGAUAUGUAUAUUGAUAUCACAUAUAAUAUUCGUUUAAGAAGAAAAACAUUAUUUUAUACUGUAAAUUUAGUCAUUCCAUGCAUGUUAAUUGCUAUUCUUACAACAUUUGUAUUUUAUAUUCCACCAAAUGAACAUAAAUGUUCAUAUUCUAUUUCUGUACUUGUAGCAUUGACUGUCUUUUAUCUUGUUCUCAUUGAACUUAUUCCUCCAACAUCAACAGUAAUUCCUUUAAUUGGAAAAUAUUUAUUAUUUACAAUGUUUCUUGUAGCAACAUCAAUAUUUUUAUCUGUUGCUUCAAUUAAUUUUUAUCGUCGUGAUGGUACAACACAUGCUAUGCCAAAAUGGAUGCAUAAAUUAUUUAUACAAAUUCUUCCAACAUAUCUUUGUAUCAAAAAACCAGAUGGAUUUGAUGAUGAACAUAGUUUAGAUAGUGAUGAUGAAAGUAAUACUACUGAUAAUCCAAAUACAUAUCCUAAUUCAAGGCGUGCCUCACCAUAUUUUUUAGCUUUUGCAAAUAAUCAAGGAAAUAAUAAUCUUAUUUUAGAGGGUACAGAAUUAGGUGAUGGUGAAAUGAGAUUAAGUCAAUUAGCACAACUUCGGGGAAUGCAUAGUGAUUUAAUAAGGAGAAUGAUAAGUAAUUUAGCAUUUAUUAGUGAUCAUUUUAAAGCAAAAGCUAAGCAAAGUAAAAUUUCUGAAGAAUGGUCAUAUGUUGCAAUUGCAAUUGAUCGCCUACUACUAAUUUGUUAUUCUAUAAUAAAUAUAUCUGGAAGUGUAGUUAUUUUAACACAAGCACCAGCUUUAUAUGAUACCACACAACCAUUAGAUGUACAACCACCAACACAACCAUUAAGUGGUGAUACUUUUGGAGGGGGAAGAAAUGCCACAGCAAUAUUAUUAGAUUUAAUGAAUCUUGAUUAG